UUUGAUCUUUUGCUGUUCCUGGAUUUAUGAUACGGAUUACCCAAUAAACUGCAAGUGGACUAUCACCUUCUUGUUUGCAUAUCGUGAUAUACUGCUGCUGCUCUGUUUUUCUUUUGACUAAAUCCUGGACAUGUUUCAUAUAAAGAGUGUGAUUUAUUCACGUUUCUUACUUAUUUGAAGCAUUAUUCUUGUGAUCUUUCUAUAGAGAUGGCAGAGGUAACUUCUGAUCCUACAGAGAUGUCGGCGAUCAGCUCCAGUCCAGAUGAUCCAGUGAUCCGGGUUCUUCUGAUGGGCAGGAAGGGUUCUGGGAAAAGCUCAUCUGGAAACACUAUACUGGGAGAAAAGAGGUUUAACAUCCACAGACGUAAGAAACAGCAUGAGUCUGAAGUGUGUGAGGAAGUAAAUCAGACCGGAGAGAAGCAGGUGUGUGUGAUUGAUUGCCCAGAUCUACUGGAUCCAGAUCUGUAUAAAGAGAAGCUGGAGAAGAUGAAGGAUCAGCUGAUCUCUCGAUGUUCAUCAGGUCUCAGUGCAGUUCUGCUCACCGUUCCUCUAGAGGAACCUGAAAACGAGGAGGAGAUCCUGGAUUAUAUCAAGCGUUUCUUAGGUCCUGAAAUUCAGAAGUACAUCAUGAUUCUGUUUACACAUGAAGAUGAGCUGGAGGAUCUGGAUCAGACCAUUGAGGAACAUCUACAAGAUCAUGAGGAUCUCCAGCGACUGGUGACUGAAUGUGGAGGAAAGUUUCACUGUUUCAAUAACAAGUGUAAACAUGGUGAUCAAGUCCCAGAAGUACUGCAGAAGAUUGAAGGAAUGAUGACGGAGAACGGUGGGAAAUUUACCAUGGACCAAAUGAGGAGGGCAAACAGCAAGGACACUCUUGAUAUCGACUUUUCAGGAGAAGAUCCAGAUGAGCAUCAGAUUCCUGAGAGGAAAGACCAGAUUCGGCUGGUUCUGCUGGGAAAAACUGGAUCUGGGAAAAGUGCCACCGGAAACACCAUCAUCGGCAGAAACCUGUUUAAAUCUUCAGCCAUUUCAAACUCUGUGACGAAACAGUGUCAGGCAGAAACUACAGUGAGGAUGGGUAAAGAGAUCUCAGUGAUCGACACUCCUGGACUUUAUGAUAAUAAACUCAGCGAAGAUGAGAUUAAAACUGAAAUAGUGAAAUGCAUUACUUACGCCUCUCCUGGACCACAUGCUUUUAUUAUCGUGAUUAAACUGGGUCGAUUCACUGAGGAGGACAAAAACACAAUACAGCAGCUCAAAGAAGUGUUCGGAGAAGAGAUAAUAAAAUACACCAUGAUCAUCUUCACUCACAAAGAUCAGUUGGAGAAGGAGAACAAAACCAUUGAAGAGUUUCUACAAGAAAGUGAUCCAGAUAUUCAAAACCUCAUACACUGUUGUGGAAACCGGUUCUUCUGUUUAGAUAAUGAGACCUCCAGUUUCCCUCAGUUCAGAGAUCUGAUUGGAAAAAUAGAGAAGAUGUUGGCAGAAAAUGGAGGGAAGCACUUCACCAAUGACACCAAACACAUUAAGGAGAUUCUGAAUAAGAAAAUGGUAGAGAAAGUGGAGCAUUUAGGUUUAGCGGACGAGUCUCUAUGUGAAGAUUUGAUCAUGUCAGAUCUAAUCAGACUCAUGAGGGAGGUAGGGGAUGAUUUAGAAAGCGCCAAAAAGAAACUUGAGAGAAUAGGAAUCAGUCAUACAGAUGCAGUGAUUCGUGCACUCAAAGCCACAGGGAAACUGUCAAAACAGGACAUGUGUGGAAUUCAGUGAGAAACGAUGACUAGACAAACAUAAAUCAUCUUGUUCAUAAGCUAACGUUUAAAGAUUAUCCAUUGGCAUUGAUAGCUAAUAAGAAAGUCUAUAUGUCUAAUGUACUGAAUAUAUACAUAACAUAAAUAUAUGUACAUUGUAAUUAUAAGAUCAAACACAAUUUAGAGUGAUGGCACUUGAGAAUUUGCUGUACAUAUUUCAUAAUAAUAUUGUAAUUAUAAAAAUAAAAUUCAUUUAAAUGAGUUAAAGCAUCAAUUUAACUCAAUCCUCUUGCGGAUAAUUGUUAGUUAACAAAAGCACACAUGCAUGACUUUACAAACUUGACAAAAUAUCAAUGCAUUAACAACCACACUGUCACAGCCUUCAACAGACAUAACAUGAACGUUUCUGCGCUCAUUCUGGACUGAAACACACACACACACUGUAAUAUAAAGCAAUAGACAGUAUAACAUCAGUGUUCCUCUGCUCAUCCUGGACUGAAGCACAGGAUCUACGGGACAUCUGUAUUUCAUAUUUUCCUAACGUCUUGUACCUUAACGUGGUAUCACGUGGAUGAAUAAUCAUAUGCAAAU